AUGCUACGUGACACCCUGUCCUUCUACAUUCCAUUGCAGGUGAUGUACCGGAUGAACCUGUUCGCUGUUCUCCUCUGCUUCACGAUGAACCAGAAGUACAUGUUUUACUACUUUGUACCACUCAUAUCAUUUUGGUUCACGUAUCUAUCUAUCACAAUGACGCUGUUCUUCCACGUCUUGAUGAGAAAAGGCGAUACUGGCGGAUUAGAUAUUGACAGAACAAAAUCGUCUCGGUCCGUCGUUAAACUGAUGAUUUUUGCCCUAUUGGUUUUGGCACCGAUUGAACUGCUACACCGGACGCCUUCCAUAUUUGGGACGAUAUUUUUCACCCC